AUGGCAUCUUCGGCAACCAGCAAUAUUGAAGGACCACCCUCUACCGGCGACAACCCGCACAGAUAUGAUGCCGGAGCCCGCAUCCCCUCCGUCGACCAACAUGGCGACAACCCUGUCACAAUCCGCCUCUCGGACGAAGAGCUGCAGACCGGACAGACACACCCCGAGACCGUACAACAGCUCUUGACAUACUUCCAUCGCGACGGGUUUGUUGUGCUCGAGAAUGCCAUCCCAGACGACCUCAUCGAUUCACUAUACACGCAGAUGGUUUCUGACAAUGACAUCUACCUCUCCAAACCCUUCCUGCAGUACAAUCAAGGCCAUCUGACCAAGAACAUCUCGCAAAUCCCACCCCUAACCCCCAAGCACCUCCACCGUGACUUCUACGCAAACCCCCACAUGCUGCGCGUGCUGGAGAACCUCCUGGGCCCAUGUCCCGAAAUCCGCUUCAUCAACUCCAACGUCGCGCUACCACACGCAGACUCAAGGGGUCGGCAGGCCGUGCACAGCGACGUCAACCACCGCUACCCGAGCAUCCCAUUCGGCAUCGUCGUCAACACGUACCUACAGGACAGUGACGCGGCCAACGGCGUGACAGAAGUGUGGUGUGGCACACACGCCGCCUACGACCAAGACUGGCAGCAGGUCGGGCGAGAGACAGGCUGGAUCCGCAAGGAGGCCAUCCAGCACCGCGGACGGGUGCGCCCACCCGUGCAGCCGCGCGUGCGCAGGGGCGCCAUGUGUAUCCGUGACCUCCGGCUGUGGCACGCGGGCAUGCCGAACCUCUCGGACCGGCAUCGCAUCAUGCUGGCGGUGGACUAUUUCGCCGCGUGGUACGAGUGUCCGAUGAAGGUGCGGCUGCCGCUGAGUCUGAAGCGGAGGGUGGAGCGGGAGUGGGCCAUCAGCACCAAGGGCAUCGAGUGGGUGGAUGGGGAGGUCGAUUACCUGAACCAGCCGUUCUAUCUCAACAUGACGCAGGAUCCCGAGAUGUACAUUCGGCAGACGGAGCAUGGGUUCGAGGACUGGCGCGCCAGAGCGACGGGGAAGUAUCCAUUUGACAGGGCCAAGGUGACGGAGCAGAAUUACUGGACGCCAGACGGCCAGGAAUGA